AGGGCGGGCUGGGCCGGGAGGGACCCUCGGGAUGGAAACCAGGAGCGCUGGGAAGCACCGGGAAUCACCCCCAGGAUCGGCGGGAGCAAUCCCCGCUGCUCCUGCCCKGCGGGAGGCGAUUCGCGGGCGCCGCCGCCGCCUCAGGGAGCACGCAGGUGACCCCCGCGCUGAGGAGCCUCCAAGSGCUAGGAUAAAUAUUCCCUGUCUCUGCUUUUCUUGCAGCGCUUCCCAGGUUUCUGCGCCCAGAUCAAAAUUCGGCGGCUGCACUUAAAAUCCAGGAAAUGAUCCCAGCUGUGUCGGUGGCACUAGGAGCAACGCAGUGCGGCGACAUUCCCAGAGGAUGGUGAGCGUCGCUCCCGUUCCAGCCUGCAAUUCCUCGGGGGAGGAGCCUUUCCAGGGGUGUCCCGAAGGAUGGAGAAGAAGAAAAUCCUGAUGAAAUCCAAGGUUGCUGCUCCCAACCUCCUGAGGGCUCUGCAUUCCUUGUACCAGCUUGGRCACCUCUGCGACGUGACGGUCCUCACCCAGCACCUGGGAAUUCAGGAGGAAUUCCUGGCUCACAAAGUUGUCCUGGCAGCUUCCAGCAACUACUUCAAGGGGCUUUUCCUGCACCAGGAGAUGCUGGACACCAAGAAGUGCACAGUGACCCUGCAGGACAUCUACACGGAGGAGUUCACCUCCUUCCUGGAGUUUGUGUACACRGCGGAGGUGGAGAUCGAGGCGGGAAAACUCCAGCGGAUGAAGGAAAUAGCAGAAAGGCUGGAAUGCAAGGAUUUGCUUGACAUCUGUGAAGAAGUGAAGGCAGARGGCAGGAAGGGCCUGGAUUUGAGCCUCCACCUGAAAGGGCAGAGGGGUGAAAAUGGAGGAUCACAAUGGCCYGGGAUCCAGCAAGAGGACAACUCCAGGAAAUCUUCCCAGGUUGUCGCAAUUCCCGUGCAGAGGAAACUCUGGGAUAGGCAAAAGCAUAAGGAGCUCCUGGCGGACUAUGAGCUCAUUGGAGGCCAAGCAGAAGGCCUGGAGCAGGAGGCCACGGCUUUUCCAGCCCCAAAAUCCAGGCCACCAAAGCUGCCGAAGUGCAACAAGACACAUUCCCCUAGYAGACCGAGUGUGGAUGUCAUCGACCUGGRAAACAAGGAUGGCCAUUCCCUGWGCAGGGGGCAGGAGCRGAAGCAGGAAUCCCAGGCGUGUCCCUACUGUGACAAGGCCAUCAGCUCCAAGUGUGGCCUGGCUGUCCACAUCCGCACGCACACCAGGGACAGGCCCUACAAGUGCCAGCACUGCCCCGCCAGCUUUGCCCACAGGGCUGCCUACACUUCCCACCUCAGGAAAAUCCAUGAGUGUGGGCAAGAGAGGAAACUCCUGCCUGUCUAUUGGAUGGUGGUUCCACCCACACAUGGAGCAAACCCCACAAGCUGUGACAAAGGUCCCAGUGGAGAGACCUGGGAUGGGACACCAGAAACCUCGAGGUGUGAGGAAGAUCCUGGGAAUUCAUCUGUUGCUGCAGCAGGCAGGAGCAAGGAGCAAGAGGAACAGAGGCGGGAAUCCCAGGAAGCUGAAGGAGGGAACGAAGAUGAAGGUGGAAUGAGUGUGAAGGGCGAGGAGCAAGAAGAUGUGGGAUACUCAGAAGCUGAAGGAAGGAGGGACAACAAGGAAUGUUCUGAGGAGGAAGAGGAGGAUGAAACCUCAACCAAGAAGGACGGCGAAGAACCCAAACCAGGGUUUAAACUAAAGAAGGCCAAUAAAAGCAUAACCAACAAGAAAUCCAGCUACAUGAUCCGGUGUGACAAGUGCCAGGACCAGUUUGUUUCCCGGAAAAAAUAUGUGGAUCACUGCCGGGACGCACACCAGAGCCCACCUGGCAAGGCAUACCAGUGCGAGGUGUGCGGCAAGGGCUUCGCCAGCUACACCAGCUGGAAGGAGCACCGCGCCUGUGUCCACACCGAGGAGAGGCGGUUCUCCUGCAGUCUCUGCCAGGCCACCUUCAAGAGGAAGCGGGAYGUGAGGACUCACUCCGUGCGGAAGCACGAGGGCCGGGCCAAGCGGCCACUGUGCUCCGUGUGCGGGAAGAUSCUGAGCUCCUGCACGGCGCUGGUGUUCCACAUGCGGACGCACACUGGCGAGAAGCCCUAUGAGUGUGCUGUCUGUCACUCCAGGUUUGCUCAACCAUCCCAGCUCAAGAUCCAUACCAGAUCCCACACUGGGGAGAAGCCCUACAUUUGUGAGGAGUGCGGGGCUUCCUUUGCUGACAAGGGAAAACUCACCGGUCACAAAAGGACACACACAGGAGAGCGCCUCUUCUGCUGCGACGUGUGUGGGAAGCACUUCGCCACCAACGAGUACCUGAAGUGCCACAAGCGCUGCCACCUGGGAGCCAAACCCUACAAGUGCAAGGUUUGUGGGAAAACCUUUGGACUCAGAGCCUCCCUGGCCCAGCACAGCAAUGUCCAUGCAGAGACCCGUCCGUAUUUCUGUGAGCAGUGCGGGAAGACCUUCACKCAGCAGGGAGCGCUGCGGCGGCACCAGCGCAUCCACACCGGAGAGAAACCGUACCGGUGCCGCGCCUGCGAGAGGAGCUUCACCGACAUGUCCACCCUGCGCCGGCACGUGGCGAUUCAUGACCGGAAUGCACACUGGAGAAGCUUCUUGAUCGACCUCACACCAAAAAAAGACCACAACUGGUCCAAAAUAGAGACUUUUGCAGAAGCCCAUCCGGAAGGAGAUUCCAUGCUGAAAAUUUGGUCAGUUGACCACGGGAAACUUUAUAAACCAGAAAGUGUUAAACCGGCAGCACAUGUGGCACCUGGUGUUGGCAACACCGGGAGCACUGACCCYUCCCUUUUGUAUUUAUAAACUCGGUUUUAGCCCCCAAAAUGGGCGGCUUGAGGCAGAAUGCUGGGAGUUAUCCUUUGGAAUGCAGGGAAUCAUUCCCAGUGAUCCCUGCAGCUGCCUCGAGAGCUGGGUUACAGGUGGUAAAGGAGUAAUUCCUCAUCAGGGUAUUUAUUCCAGUGAAAUGUUUAGAUCUGUCCAGAAGUUUAUUUUUYCCAAAGCCGUGGGAGCAUCCCAUUGGGAAUGGGCAGGGCAGUGUGUGUACAUGUGCGUGUGUGUUUAUACAAACAGCGCGGUGCCGCCGCUGUAAAUCACCGGUUCCUCCUUUAAUAAAGCUGUCAGUG